UCCACUCACAAGAUCAAUGAGAAUGGAUUCAAUUUAGAAGGUGAUGGGUUGUGCAAUGCUUGUCUUUUGUCACUUUUCGUGCAAACAUCCACCCUUCCCAGGAACAACCACAAAGAGCUGGAGAGGCAUAAAGUAGGUGAACGUUUUGGACAAGCAACUCAGAAGGAGAGAGGAUCUGCUACAGUCAUGAUUUUGACAGAGGACAUAGAGAUGGACCUGUUUUCUGUUAUAGGCACGUUUGCUGUGCCAAUAGCAGUAAUUCCGCAAUACCAACAGGAGACAACGAGACAACAACCUGAACACCCCCUAGUACCACUCCCGUUGGAGGAAGAUGAUAUAGGACCACCUAAACAGCAGAGGGAUACUGUUACACCUGUAAAGAUUGAGAAAGAAUCUAUACCAAGGAUUACAAAUAAUACCUUUGAGAGUAUUGAGAUCGAAAUGGAGAUGUUUCCGCCCUCAGGCUUGACUGAAAGUGAUGUGGUGGAGAUCACUCCAGAUGACCCCUCUGUCAUGAUCAGGACACCAGAACCAGUUAUCCCAGUCUCACCAGAACCAGUUGUUCCAGUCUCACCAGAACCGAUCCGACCAAGCAAACUGAAAUGGAGGAGAAUCACACCAGGGAAGAGUUGUUUGGUGGUUAAAGAUGUGAUCUGCCUGCCACAAGGCCACUACCUGGCUCAGGAGGACAGGCACAGUGUCCCCAGAGGCCAGGAGAGGGACGAGCUCGCUGCCAUGGGCCUCAUCGCUAGGAUAACCAUAGACAACUCCUGGCUCCAUCAUGAAAUGGAGAGCCGCCUUGCCUCACUGUUCAGGAGCCGCUUCUUCAGUGGACGCGAACAAAGAUUCACCUUCACAUACCUUCAGUGUCUGCAGGGCUCUCGUGUGCUGUUUGUUCCAGACACCCCACCACAGUUCUCCUGGAGUGGGGAACAGGUGUUGCGGAUAGCAGGACAUGGCCCCCUUUAUAUUCUCAGUCACUAUGAUUUCAUGAGCUUUGAGAUAGAAUGUGAGUGGCCAACAAACAACGCACCAGUAAUUAACAGUCAUGAUUUCUUGGUGGAUGACAAUGAGGAUGAGGAGGAGGAGGAGGAGGAGAGAAGUGUAGAGUCUCCCCUGCCUGUCACCACUGAUGAGGAGGUCAUUUCGGACCUGGUCUCCAUCCUCCAAACAUACAGAGAACAAAACUCAAUGCCUGAAAUCCAAACACACAUGUAUGUGAGGCGGAGAGACAUCUUCAGAAGUGCACUCAAGGUGAUGAGGAAGAAGUCAUUCUCCAUCAAGACAACUCCUCUCUUCCACUUCCUAGGAGAGGAUGUUGAUGACUAUGACGGCCCUUUGAGAGAGUUUUUCAGACUCAUCAUGUUAGAGUUGCAGGAGAGCGGUAUCCUGGAGGGUCGCCCGGGGCAUCUGUUGUUUUCCUACGACCAGGCUGCCCUGGAGGAGAGGAGGUACUACGCUGCAGGAGUCAUGGUGGCCUGGUCUCUGCUGCAUGAUGGUCCUGGACCAUGCUGCCUACACCAGUCCCUCUACCAGCUCAUGUGUGGCCAAAGCCCUCCCCUGGAAGACUUUAACUGGAUGGACAUCUCUGAUGUGGAUGUACAGAUGAAACUGCAACAGGUCAAGAAUUGCACUAGCAUCCAGAAUUUGACUCCAAACCUGUGUGAAUGGAUUGCAGGUUGUGGAAUUCCUGAUAUCUACAGUGCCGAAAUCAAAGACAUGCCCUACAUCUAUACCUGGGUUUUAAGGCACUGCAUUUAUCACAGGGUGGCAAGCAUGAUCUCCCAGUUCACAGAGGGUCUGAACAGCUGUGGUGGCCUGUGGGAUAUCAUCAAGGCCCACUCUGCAGCCUUCAUGCCUGUCAUGACCAGGACAGAACACCCUCUCACCCUGCAACAGUUCAGAAGUCUGUUUGAGGUGUCGUGGAGUCCUCUGGAAUCAACCAUAGGCCUGAGACAAGCUGAGGAGACCACAGUCACUCCUGGGAGAGACUUCUGAUCAUGAUCAACGAACACCAGACUGCCUUGUCCUUUGGGAAUCUACUGGCCUUCAUCACAGGGGCGGAUCAGAUCCCUCCUUUGGGAUUCCUAAGGAAUCUCUGCAUCAGAUUCAAGACCAGGGACCAAGACCAGGGAAUGUUCAGUGUCCGUUUACCACAUGCCUCUACUUGUACUUUGGAGCUCUACCUUCCCCGAGGUAUGGCCAGUCCUGGUGCGUUGAAGGGCAUGCUGACAAGAGCACUGCAAGAAUCUUUAGGAUUUGGAAACAUUUAUGCUGACAGUUCAGCUUUGAGCCAAUGAUCAAUCCAACAAAAAACAAUGUGGGAGGAAUCAAAGCUUGGUAAUGUUUGAUAUAUGAGGUAAUCAAUAAUGCAUGGUUUACCAGUCUAGGUGUUUUAUUUGUUCUGCAAAUUGUAAUUUUCUCCAUUACUAAUGAGAUUCUCAGCAAUGGGUACAGUACGUACCGAAUGAGAUUGCAAGAUAAGGGCGGAAUAUUAUUUCUGAUAUGCAGUUAAUAUGAAGGACAUUCAACUGAAUGUGUCAAUGUAAAAGGGUCUAGCACAUUUCCUUUUAAUCUGGAAGUUGUUUUACUUAAUAUUCUAUAUUCUAUGUAGAAAUAUUUUGUCAAAAUGAAUUAAGACCAAGAUAGUGCCUAUUAAGUCAUCAACAAACAGUAUUUGGUAAUCAUUUGAAAAUAGAAUAACAAUACAUUGCUAAUUUUGAUUAUGACAAAAUGUAGAUGUAAUUAUGCAUUGUAGACAUCAUGUUAAUCUACAAAAUGUGACUUAAUAAAAUAUUUUUGAUAACAUGAAUGAAACUCAAAUUAGCAAUAUUUAAUUGAUUCAAGGGCAGCUACUCACCAAUUAUAGGAUUAUCAUAAUUAUACCUUAAAUGCCAUCUACACUGUUGGUAGUAAGCCUAGAUAUUUUACUGUCCAAAAGAUAUCUUCAUGGUGUUACUACCUUUAUGUACAGUUCCUUCAGAAAGUAUUCAGACCUUGAU